AUGAAUACUUCUUCUCAGUUUAUGGAUAAGCAGAUAAUGGAUCUAUCUUCUUCAUCUCCACCUUCCACUGAUUUCAUCGAUCUGAUGAACAACAGUAGUGAUUCACAGGAAGAUGAUCACCGGAAGCACCGGAUCGGAGAUAAUGGAUUGGAGUCGAAGAAGGAAGAGAUCGUUCCUAGUUAUGAUUUUCAACCGAUUCGUUCUUACACGGCCGGUGGAUUGUCUCAUUCGGCUCUAGAUCUCGCCGGAUCUACCACUUCUACGUCGGCUAGGGUUUGGUCCCCUUCUGAUUUUAAACCCAUUUCCACUUCGUCAAAUAGGGGUUUUGGAUCUUUUGACUCCUCUAUUGAACCUGCGAAGUUGGCUUCUGAGAAGGGGCAGAAUGUGUCUAGCACGGCGAUUAUCUCUGAGAUUGAUAGGACAAUUAAGAAACAUGUAGAUACCUUGUUGCAUGUAAUGGAAGGUGUGAGUGCACGUGUAACUCAGCUGGAGACUAGAAGCCACAAUCUCGAAUACCUUGUCGAUGAUCUCAAAGCUUCUGUUGAGAACAGUCACGGAAGCACCGAUGGGAAGAUGAGACGGCUUGAGAAUAUCCUUGUAGAGGUGCAAAGUGGUGUACAACUAUUGAAGGACAAACAAGAAAUUAUUGAAGCUCAGCUUCAGCUCUCGAAGCUUCAGAUAUCCAAAAUAGACCAUGUUGAUCCUACUGCUCAACUGCCCGCACCAGUCCCUGCGCAGCAAAUGCCGCAGUUUCCUCAUACAUCUUUCCCACAGCCACCAUCUUCCGCUGCUGCUCCGUCCCAGCAGCCAUCCUCGCAUCAGAAUCUCCAACAACCGUCCUCGGCACUACUAGCUCAGCUACCCAGUCAGUUUUCUCCUCAACAAGAGCCGUAUAGCCCUCCGCCGAGUCAUUCCCAAACACCUCCUCCUUACCAAGCUCCUCCUCAAACCCAGCCGUCGCAUCAACCAUCUUAUCAGCCACCGCCGAGUCAUUCCCAACCACCUCCACCAAACCAGCCUCCUUACCAAGCUCCUCCUCAAACCCAGCCGCCGCAUCAACCACCUUAUCAGCCACCACCUCAGCAGCCACAGUACCCUCAACAGCCACCACUAUCAUCAGGCUACAACCCCCAGGAACAACAACCAUACCCGAUGCAGUCUUACUCGCCAAACCCUCCCCGUCAGCAGCAGCUCGCUGGUUCCUCCCUUUCACAACAGUUCUACAAUGCGCCUCAUCCUCAACCAUCAAUGUAUGAUGGAGCGGGUGGUCGAUCUAAUCCAAUUGUCCCGCCCGGGUACUCGUCGGAACCUUACCCAUACACUGGUUCACCUUCAUCAGCGAAACAGCCACUUAUGAGUAACAGCAGAACUGGUUACCCACAGCUCUCAACAGCGGAUCCGUUGCCACACGCUUUGUCAAUGGCUUCAGCCGUGAGCGGUGGCUCUAGCUCCCCGAGAUCAGAAAGCAGAGCCCCAAUCGACGAUGUAAUCGACAGGGUUACAACAAUGGGCUUCCCAAGGGACCAAGUGAGAGCAACCGUUAGAAAACUGACUGAAAACGGCCAAGUUGUUGACCUCAACGUGGUGCUAGAUAAGUUGAUGAACGACGGAGGAGCUCCACCUGGAGGUUGGCUUGGUAGUCGGUAG